AUGGACGAGGAUGAAAAGAGAGCUUUCCACUGCACAGUACCCAUCCUGCAUAAUCCACCUCCUAUUCCUUCUAACAAGAGGAUUAAAAAGAGAGUUACCUCCCUUGAUGACUUUAGCAGAAUAUGUGACAGGGGCAUUGACUGGUCAGAAUCUUUUGCCAGUAUCAAACGCAUAAGGAGUCAAGGACUUACUUUUGGUUCUUGUUGGGCAUUUGCAACCAUUGCAGCCGUGGAAGCUCUUCAUGCUUUAACUUUUCAAUUACAAAAUCCUCCAAUAUUGCUAUCCGUGCAACAGCUCAUCGACUACAAUGUUGCCAACCACGGGUGUGGAGGUGGAAAUGUAUUGGAUGCAUUCACUUACAUAAUCUUAAAUGAAGGUCUAAACACCGAACAAAAUUACCUAUACCAUGGUAUCCAAAGAACCUGUGACACUGUCAAGGAAAAAGGAGAUGGUCUAGAGAUCGAUGCCUAUACAAUCGUGAACCCAAGGAAUAAGGACCAGCUUGCCUAUGCUCUCUGCGAACAGCCAGUAGUGGUCGGGAUCAAUGCCCACGGCUCCAACUUUUCACAGUACAGAGGCGGGAUAUAUCGCUCGGAAUGUGGCACAGACAUUAGCCAUUCGGUUUCACUUGUUGGGAUGCGGAUUGACAAAGCUACCAAUGACCAGUACUGGAUACUCAAGAACUCGUGGGGUGAAAAGUGGGGUGAAGGAGGGUUCAUGAAAUUGUUGAAAAAUGACGGCACUCCCGGUGGUCACUGUGGCACUCCACGGACAUCUAUAUAA